UAAAUUAAUUAAUAUAAAAUAUUAGAAUUUGUACUUAAUUUUGUUAACUAUUAAUAAUAUGGUGGAUAAUUUUAAGGUUACACUUAAGUAAUUUACAAAGUUUCAUGUUGUGAUUUCUUUUAUUUUGACGGAAAUUCUUCUGUUUAAAAUACUCCCAAUAAAAUACUUCAACUCCCAAGCGGCCACGUGCGGCCGCGAUAACAAUAGCUAUUGUGUCUGGUUUUUCCACGAUCGAGGUAUUAAAAUGGAGGUGAUGAAUGAAAGUAUUGAUUUAAAACUGGAGCCGGAUGUAAUUGACACAAGACAGGAUCCGACAUCGUUUCUGCCAGAUGAACCCAUGUCUUAUGAAAUAAAACCCAAAAAGAAGAAGAAAAAGAAGAAACAAGUGGAUCCCUUCAAAGAUAUUGAGGAGAAAGUCAAGUUGCCAACUCCGACGGUGUACGAGCCAGUCAGUGAUGAUUUGUUGACAGAAUGCGUGCCAGCAACUGAGGUAGUUUUACCCACGGAAACGGGUUAUGAGCCAGGCAUUGCGAUUAAAGUUGAGAAUAUAGAAGUUGAAGUCGAUUAUAAUGACUUUGCUAAUGAUUCUAUGCCGGAAGAUCCACAAGGUGAAGAAAACGAACAGGUGGAAGUAAAAUUAGAGCAACAAAACGAUGGACUACAUCCAAUCUUUGAUCAGAUUCUAGGAAAUACAAAAAAGAUGAUUGAGGAAAAUACCUCAGCAGAGAAUUUUGUAUGUGACAUAUGCCACUUGGUCUUCCGAAUGGAAAGAACAUUGAGAGUGCAUCAACGAAGGAAGCAUAAAUUGUUUAAAAAAGCAUUCAAACAUUCCUGUGAUGAUUGUGGCAUGUCCUAUGAAGUUAAAAACAGUUUAAUCGCUCAUAUUAGAAGAAAACAUGGUCCCAACGCAGAAAAAGAUGAUAAUGAAGAACAGACAUGUGAUCUUUGUGCUCUAGUCUUCAAAGGAGUAACUAGACUCCGUAUGCAUAUGCGCAGAAAGCAUGGCUCAUUCGAAGACUCGUUUGAACAUGCAUGCAAAUAUUGUGGUCUAACUUAUGAUAAAUAUAGAAGUCUGACUGUGCAUAUAAAACGGAAACAUUCCAAAGUUAAAAAACCUGAAAACCAAUGGUUCAGCUGUCCAUUCUGCCCGAAAGUUUAUACUAAACGUGAGACGUACGCGAGGCAUGUGCAGAGACAUCAUACGAUUAAUGAGAGUAAUAAUCAGGAUUUACUGUUAAACGCUAUAGUAGAUGAAAAUACUGGAGAAUUCACUUGUACAGAAUGUAGAUUAGUCUUCUCUACCUUAAACUCCCUAAAAUUACACAUGAGGCGAAAACACAAUGCGUUUAAGGAGAACUUCAGACUCAAAUGUAAGAUUUGUGGCCUCUCUUAUGAUAAAAAGGAAAGUUUGAAACGUCAUAUACGUAGGAAACAUGAUCAGGGCGCUUAUUGUGAAGUCUGCAAUAAGCAAUUUGUUAAUAGAGAACAGUAUUUGAACCAUUCGCACGAGAGACCAAUGGUUAACCAGUGUCAUCUAUGCAAUUUUAUAUUCGCCUCUCAAGGGGGGCUAGCUAAGCACUUGCGUUGUACCCACAAUUUGCAAUCGCCGAAGAAGUUCUUCUGUAGUACAUGCAAUGAAGGGUUCUAUGAUAAGAGGCAGCUAAAGCCACACUUCUUGAAGGUGCAUCUGAAAGCAUCCUACACUUGUCGCUAUUGCAAUAAGAUAUUCAAAGCGAGGGAGAGCUUUAAACGACAUGUGCGCUACCAACAUCCAGUAAAAGAAGAAUGUAGCCUAAACGGGCAAAAGUGCGAACAAUGCUCGGAAGUAUUUGUCGACGAGUUGGAGUUGUGUCGCCACGUCAACCUCGCACAUUGCAAAGGUGAUGAUAAUCUAGCAAAAGCACAGGUGAAAACUGAAGAAAUGGAAAAACAGGUACACCAGUGCCCUAAGUGCUCUGAAAGUUUUGAAAUUUUCGAAGAUUUGAGAGCACAUUAUAAUAAAAGUCAUCAGAUCGUGGAAGAGACUCAAUGCCAGAUGUGCGGUGAGAUGGUCCUGUCAAAUGAGCUCCAGAAGCAUAUCAAAGCGAGCCAUGAUGAAAUGUUAACAUGCCAGUACUGCGACUAUGAGACAAAUAAUAAAACCAGUAUGACCCAACAUCUCCUACGGCAUAAGAACGCUAAAACCCUAACUUGUGAUUUUCCGAAUUGCAAAUACAAUUCGUACUAUGAGAGCGCUAUGAAAAAGCAUAAGGCUAAACACAGCGAGCAGGGUGUAAAAUUCCAAUGUACGCAAUGUCCGUUCCAGACUAUGAAUAAAUAUAUACUACGGUAUCACGAGGAAGCACAUGUUACGGGGAAAAAAAGAUAUAUGUGUGACCAGUGCGACUACGCAACAAUAUUGCCAGCUAAUCUGGUGCAACAUAAGUACAAACAUUCUCCGGAAAAGCGGUUUAGAUGCGAGUUUUGUCCUUUUGCAACGAAGUAUAAUACCUCUUUACGUUUUCACGUUAAGAAAAAACAUUGUGAUCUCCCAAAUUAGUGUACAAAUAAAUGUAAAUAUUUGGUGUUGUUGUAUUUUAAAUACAGUUUUUAAAAGUUA